UAAAAUACAAGAGGUGAUUAAAUCCUUGUCAGGCAUUUCUUUUCCCUUUGCUUUUUAAAAGAGCCUUCUAAUGCAGGGGACUUUUUUUUUUGUCCAGUUAUGAAACUUUUUGUUGUUCUAGCACUCUGUUGUAGCUUUUUUUCUACUAGAGCCACCCCUCUUCCAUUUGAAUUUUUGGACUGUGAUGACCCUGAUGUCUUGGAAGCUACUGACAAAGCACUGCAGAAAUACAAUGGAGACAGCGCUUCUGGUAAUCAGUUUGCUCUGUACAUGGUGAUGGAAGCCAAGAGAACAGUAGGUCCUGACAAACAAUUCUACGUCAGAUAUCAGAUACGAGAGACCACUUGUGCCACUGAGGAAAACAAACUCUGGAAGGACUGUGAUUACAAAGCACCUGCAGAAGCUAAAACGGGAGAAUGCACAGCUCAAGUUCACAUGAAUAAUGCUGAAAAAACAAGUAAUGUUUCACAAGAUUGCAAAAUUGUUCCAGUUCAACCAAUGAUACCAUUGACUCAGGGUGUAUGUCUCGGAUGCUUUCAUACUAUAUCAAGUGACCAUCCACAAGUGUCAGAAAUUCUGAAAAAAGCCAUUCAAAAGUUCAACAACCACAGUGGUGAAGCUGCCCUUUUUAAACUUGUGGAAAUAACAGAUGCUAAAAGACAGGUGGUAGCUGGAUGGAAUUACAUAAUUAAAUAUGAAAUCAAGGAGACUAAUUGCUCCAAAGACCAAUUUCAAGAUUUAACUUAUGAAUGCAACGCCGCUUCUGGAGGUCGUGUAGGUAAAUGUGACGCCAAAGCAUUCCAAAAUCAUCGGGAAGAGAUUGUAGAUAUUGAAAGCGAGUGCAAAUUUCCAGCUGUAGAAGUGGUCAAUCCUCCCACUCGCAUUUGUCCUGGUUGUCCAAGUCCUAUCCCAACUGACAGCGCAGAAGUGAAGGAACUACUGAAGGUUUCUGUGGAAAAGUAUAAUUUAGAGACCAAUGACGACUUCUUCUAUAAAGCUGCAGAAAUAGAAUCAGCGACAGUUCAGGUGGUUGCAGGACAAAACUACCAUCUAAUAUUUUUCAUCCAGAAGACAAACUGCUCAAAGAAAGAGAUUGAAAAGCUUAACGAGGACUGUAAAGCCACAACAGACAGUCUACCACGGCGCUGCGAUGCAAAAAUUUAUGUGGUCCCAUGGGAGAACAAAAUCCUCCCCCAGGUUAACUGCUCUGAUUACCAGCCAAUGACUGCAAUGGUGAGAAGGCCUCCAGGAUUCACUCCUUUACGAAGCUUUGCCUUAUUACCCCAGGAAGAUGAAAUUCCAUCCUCCGAUAAAAAUGAAGGAGAAAGUCAAACAGCUGGUGAAGAAAUAAGAAGAGAUGAUAGACAGGGACCAGAUGGCGAAGGUGAACCUGGGCAUAAACACAGGCAUGGACAUAGGCACGGAUCGAAAAAGGAUCACGAAUCUGCCAAAAGGCACCGGCAGGAAAUUGAUUGUGGGCACAGAAUCGGCCAUAGGUGUGGACAUCAAAAACAUGGUAAAAAUGGUAAACAUAAACAUCACGAAUCUGAAUCUUCUGAGGAAUCCACUGAAAGGGGUUUUGGUCACAAAGAAAACCGCCCGUCAUCCACUGCUGAAACAGAAUCGGAGCUCGUUAAUCCAGAGGUUGCAAGGACAGAAAGCAGUACUCCUACAGAACCAGUAAAUCUUCCUGAUACCUCUUUAUUUAAUGGGUCGCCAGAUCACACAAAAUCUCCUCUCCCCAAGUGUCCUGGAAAACCUUGGAAACCAAUUAUGGUCCUGCCCAUUCCCCCCAGCCUUCCCAGAGAAUUCACAAAUGAGGAUCUCUUGCCUUCUGCUGCAGAAAACAUCGAUUUUACAACAGAAAACCCACCACCUCCCGAAAAUGAAGAGAUGAGCUUUGAUCUUGCAGAUGCAUUACAAUAAUCCAAGCAUCGUAGGAUCCUCUCCAGAAGCCCUACAGAGAAAACCAGAAAAGUUCUGCCUUUUGAAAUGUACGUGGUCUAAGAGGCAAAAGUUCCUAUUCAGUUAGCCAGAACGCUCAGGUAGGUCAACAGUACUCUGUGUCUGCACAACUUUUGCACAUUUGGCAAAAAUGUAAAUCAGACAUGGCACCAAUGGUUCAGAAGCUGUCCAGUAAAAGGACCAGGCAAGUCAACAGCUUUCUGUUUCCAAAGUUUCAGUCAUGACCAUCUCAUCUGCCCCAUGUCGCUAUGAGCACACAGUGAACCACUGCACCAGAUUUCACUAUGUUACGUUUAAAAAAACAAAGAAUUUUGCAGAUUACAUGAAGAAUUUCAACCAAAUAUGCAUAAGGCAAAGUAAGCCAAUAUAGAGCAAGGAUGCCUUUCUUAGAUAUCUGAAAUUAUAUAUCUCUAAUUUCCUGGAGUGAAUCUUUUGAAGAAGAAAAUAAAAUAAAGGAACCUCUUUUACUUGCCAGUUUCUUGACUCCAAUUAACAUUGACACCAGUCUAUCAUUAGCAGCCUAUUCUGUUGAAUCAGAUAACAAGGAGAGCUCAGAAAACACUAAAUAAUGCAGCUCAGUUAUUCUCUUUGCACAGUAUGUUAACUACACAGCAGAGUUCUGAUGACAGAGAUUUUCAUGGGCAGAGGUGCACAAACAUUACAGAUUAGAUGACAGAACAGCAAACACUUAAGUUACCCAAUGUUUGUCUACCCUCUUCCAUUCUAAGACUGUGUUUAAUUCAGAGAUUGGGUUGAAUUUUGUAUUCCGUGUAUCUAUCAAAACUUGAGUUUAUGGUGGAAUACAUCCAGCCAGUAUUUCCAGCAAAUAAAAACAGUUUCACCCUAUGUGGAUCUGCUAACUCAUUCAGCUGGAAAAACACACCACAAUAAAUACACAAAUAAAUGGUGUAAUGCUAAAUCAGUUCACCUGCUAGAACCACUAUCCUUUCACACAAAGUUACUGAAAAGAUCAGGUGCUACAAAUGGUAAAGCUUUGCUGCAACAAAGGGGGAAAGAAAACAAAAGCAAGCAGCAACUUAGUGGCAAGGAUGGAAACAGAGUGAACGGAAGGGACAAGUGACUGAUGGUGGUAACAGUGCCAAUGAAGAAAAGGACAGGAGAUGGAACUAGGAGGUGGAGGGAAGGGAGGAAGAAAAAAAAAAAAAAAGGAAAAAAAGACCUCUGCAUUAGGGUAUUUCAAACCAUGACAGGGCAGCCCCUACAAAUCACAGAACUGAACUCAGACUUUCUGAAUCUAAACAGUCCCCAGCACUCUUCCCUUCUCCUGUGCCUGGAUUCUACGGAUGUGAUCAAUGUUCCGCGCUGGGCACGCUCCUAGCCUGCAUGGCAGGCAGCCGCACAGGGACCCACAGAACUCUGCAAGGCUGAUAACCCACCAUGAGGAAGAAUCAGUACAAUUUUGCAUGCACAAUCUUUUUUUCUUUUUCUUUUUUUUUUUUUUAAAUUGCAUUAAAGGUCACAUUAAAAUGGUAUUUAAGCCAUGAAAUCCACAAUUAGAAAAUAUCUCUUUGAAUAUAAAUUCAGCUUGGUUACAUGAAUCUAAGCAUUUCUUUAGCACAGUUUGAUUGGCCAUCAUACAGAUGUGUAUUCAUUAUUUGUCAUGAUUGAUGUUAUAUAAUCAGAAACGCUGUCCUUUCUGAAAGCAAAUUUAGCAGUCUUAAAGAAAUCCAACUUAGCUAGAGCCCCACCAUAAGGAAACAUAUAAAGAUAACAACUCUCGGAUCUAUUGCUAAUCAGAUCCUGGAAUGUUUUUGUUCAUUGCUUUCCUUGCAGGAUAAAAUGCAAAGUCUAUAUUUUCCUUUUAGCACAUGACAAGUACUGAUCACACAAAGCUAUACAAAGGAAAGUCUUAAGAGUUAUGUUUAGUUGCUUGAUUCCUUCUCCCCCCUGGAUAUUGAGCAGUAUGAUUCUGGGCAUAACUGGGAGUUCUUUGUGUAUAAGUCUAAGUUCAGAACAGUUUUUCUUUAAAUUGCUAUCGCAAUUUAAGAAAAACAUGAAAAAUUGCAGCAAGAGAAAUAAAGACAGGAAGACAAGAAAAACGAAGCUUCCUUCCAUCCCUGAUGUGCCUCAUCUGAAUGAGGAGACAGGCAGAGCCUUGCCAGAUUGUCCUUACAGGGCACACCUGCACAGCACAAGCAGUGAGGCAGAGAGCAAGCAGUCAGAGCAGAGCAGUGACAGCCAGUACUCCUACACUUCUCACUGCUUUGAACUUGGGAUGUGCUAGAGUGGUUAUGUGAGGUUUUACCAGUUCUUCAUACAAAGUCGUCGAUUGCAGUUUUGACUGAAUGCUUUUAUAGCGUACAGAAAUGAUUGCUUUAAAAAAAAAAAAACAUCAUGCUGGACAAAAACAUUUUUAAACAGUAUGUUCUGACAUUUUUAGAAUGGAACAUUUCAAUUUCUCAUUGACGUGCUCCCACAGAAAGUUUUAAUUAUAGCAGAGCAGUACUUCCUGAUGGACAAACACGCUGUCAGAAAACUACUCACCUGCUCUGAAACAGAACUGCUGCUGAAAAGCUCCACCGAGCUGCCAGUUUCCCCUCCCCUUGGAGCCACUCGAGCACUCCUCCCGGCGCAUCUCAACGCUGAACGAGUAGUUUUCCCCCUCGGCCAGCAGAUGGCAGAUUUUCUGCUGCAGCUAAACCGCCGAUCCCCAAAUACUAUCUCCAAAUUAGGGUUUCGUGAUUGCCAGGAAAGGUUUAGCAGGCUUAACAUUUAGCGUGCCUUUUGUAUCAGUAACACCACAUUUGUGCAACCUGUAUUAAAUGCUAAGCUCUACCAACAGAGCAUAAAGAGUUUGCCAGUUACUUAUUAUGUGCAAGGCGUAUAAAGAAAGCUGUAAGUGAAUACGAAAAAUAAUAGCAAGUCCUACCUCAGGAAAAAAACAAACAAAAAAAGCAUUCUGGCUCACACAGAUGAUUGGAACUGGUGGUCUGGGGCAUGAAAAUAUGUCUGAAUUAAACCUCUGCUCCUCAUGCUGCUGAGAACAAGGGCCACCUGAUGGCCAUUUUGUUACUGUCUGGAUUUAACGUGCUCCUUUCUCUCUUGUUCAUUCCAUCUGUGGCAAUGAGACUAAAUACAUAUUUUAACUGACGUGCAAAAAACUCCUCAGCUUUGCUACGGGUAGCCUGCUGGGUGUUUGUUAUAAUUCAGACACAACCUUUUAGUCACACUACAUAAUUCCAGUCAUCUCCUAAUGCUAUGUUCCCAUAGUGUAACUAGCCACGCAGAGAGCUCUGCAGGCACCUGACAACAGAAAAUGGGGAGAACUAACAGCAGACACUGGAAUUUUAUGAGAUGUAAGAACCUACUUAUUUCCUUGUUUUCUGAAGCCUAUUAGCCAUCAAGAUAAUUGCUCUCAAUUCGGGAAUCACAGCUCUGAGGAUAAAAUAGGCCUAAGUGGCUACAGAACUCGAAAUGGCAACGCUGCAUGGCCACUGAUAUGUAGACAGAGACAUACAAAAUACAAUAUUCAGAUUCCUCAAAUAUUCUUAAAAACAAUGGAAACAAAUUUCCAAUUCCACGACCAGCUGCUCACACACAACUCCAGAUUUCACUGUGUUUCCAAACUCCAUUUGUGCAAUUCAGUUUCCACUGUUUUAUUCAAGCACUAAAAGAAGUUGGGUUGGUAAAAUGUGGCUAAUAAUAAUGUUUUUAUUGCAUUCCGAAGUAGGAGGAGGGCUGCUUCAAGUAGGAAAGAGUGAAAGUUUUCCUAACUGGGUAAGGCAUCUUGUGACAAUGAGUACUGUAAUUACUGGGGCUACUGAACUGGUUUCAAUCUGCUGCUCAGCGGAAACCUGAACGUAAGCUCCAAAGGAGCAACUCUUCUCAGUGCAUAAUAACAAAGAUCACAGAAACCCAAUUUUCUGACCCCUUCUGCCACAAAUUCCAAUAUUGCUGAUCUGCAAUUUGGAUAUGAGGCAUUAAACCACUGUUUUCACAUUGUAUACUACCUAU